GUGUUCCGAAUAGAUGCCUACAUAGCCCAUGACCGGAAGGAGCUGGUCCAGUCCCUGGAAGGUUUCCUGGACUGUAGCGUGGUGCUGCCCCCGACGGAUGCGCCUUCGGAGUCAGCGUUACGCACCUUAGUCCCGGUGCAGCAGGAAUUGCUGCGAAGACGCUACAAGCUCAGCCCGUCUAAGCCCGAUCCCAGCUUCUACAAGGGAAUAGACUUGAAUGGGGCUCCCGUGGGUCAAGAUGACCCCUUGCAGCGGACAGGCCACCUCUUUGGGGGCUUAGCUCGGGAUGCUCGGCGCCGGUUCCCCAAGUACUUGAGUGACAUCACGGAUGCGCUGAGCCCCCAGGUCCUCGCAGCGGUGGUAUUCAUCUACUUCGCAGCCCUCUCACCGGCUAUCACCUUCGGGGGCCUCCUAGGAGACAAGACCCAGAACAUGAUGGGGGUGUCAGAAUUACUCAUCUCAACAGCAGUGCAGGGCAUCCUCUUUGCCUUGCUGAGUGCCCAGCCCCUGCUUGUGCUCGGUUUCUCGGGACCCCUGCUUGUCUUUGAAGAGGCCUUCUCUGGGUUCUGCGAGAGCAAUGGCUUCGAAUACAUCGUGGGCCGGGUAUGGAUUGGCUUCUGGCUGGUGCUGCUGGUGGUCCUGGUGGUGGCCUUUGAGGGAAGUUUCCUGGUGCGCUACAUCUCCCGCUACACCCAGGAGAUCUUCUCCAUCCUCAUUUCUCUCAUCUUCAUCUAUGAGACCUUCUCCAAGCUUAUCAAGAUAUUCCAGGAACACCCACUGCAGAAACAUUAUGCCCACAACGUGAGCUGGGACCCCAAGCCCCAGGACGCCCUACCCAACACCGCCCUCCUGUCCCUGGUGCUCAUGGCUGGGACGUUUUAUUUUGCCAUCACAUUUCGCAAGUUCAAGAACAGCUCCUACUUCCCUGGAAAGCUCCGCAGAGUAAUUGGAGAUUUCGGUGUUCCCAUUUCUAUCUGCAUUAUGGUCGCGGUAGAUAUAUUCCUCAUUAAAGACACCUACACCCAGAAACUCAAAGUGCCCAAGGGCUUCGAAAUCACCAACUCCUCGGCCAGAGACUGGUUCAUCCACCCCCUGGGCUUGUACAAAGAGUUUCCCCUCUGGAUGAAGUUUGCUUCUGUUGUGCCAGCUCUACUCGUCUUCAUCCUCAUCUUCCUGGAGACACAGAUUACCACGUAG